GAGCUUGUCUGUAUGCGAGUAGGAGGAGCUUGUCUGUAUGCGAGUAGGAGGAGCUUGUCUGUAUGCGAGUAGGAGGAGCUUGUCUGUAUGCGAGUAGGAGGGGGCGUAUCUGGCUGCGAGUAGGAGGAGCUUGUCUGUAUGCGAGUAGGAGGAGCUUGUCUGUAUGUGAGUAGGAGGAGCUUGUCUGUAUGCGAGUAGGAGGAGCUUGUCUGUAUGCGAGUAGGAGGAGCUUGUCUGUAUGUGAGUAGGAGGAGCUUGUCUGUAUGUGAGUAGGAGGAGCUUGUCUGUAUGCGAGUAGGAGGAGCUUGUCUGUAUGCGAGUAGGAGGGGGCGUAUCUGGCUGCGAGUAGUAGGCAGAGCUGAUUGGCUGGGAUGUUCGAAUGUGAGUUUUUGAAAUCUCUUGGGUGACAGCGUCAGCUCAGCAGCAGUGUAUUUUGUAAGUACAGUAAAUGUAAAAGAUUCUCUACUGAAACACAAACUGUUUGUAAAUAAAUGACAGUGUGGUUGUGUUGUCCAGUUAUACGAUGCUUUUUUAUAUUACUGGGUUUAAAUCGCUACCGGUAAUUGUUUGUUUCAAACACGGCUUCUUAGUACAGUAUUCGCUGCAACACGUCGAUGUUUUUUAUUAAUAAUUUACAUAUUGUUUAUUCUGAUUUGUAUUUAUGAUCCAAGCUUUAUUGUGGGUUGUAGUUUUAUUAAAUUGCAGCGAAAAGGUUUAUGGAUCACCAGAAUUAAAAACAUGAUCACAUGACAGUCAUGCAGUCACACUGUCUCACCACCAGUGCAUUCAGCUACUUGUAGAGGAAAACGAAGGAACUCGGGUAGGAUCGGGCGAAGUGUCUCACCAGUAACCCCCAGCACUCUGUGCAGCAAUACAAAAAACAACUGCGCUAGACCUCAUUUUCAUUCUCUCCAGCCCAGCCCAGCCCAUGGCGAUGAGAACGAGCGAAUUCGACUCCUCAGACGAGGAGGAAGAGGAGCAGAGUCAGCUACAGAUCUCCUGGUUACCCCUGUUGGAAGUUGGCUGCUCCCAGUUCCUGGGAAUAUGUGCCCUGCCAGGGUGUAAAUUUAAGGACGUGAGAAGGAAUCUACAGAAAGAUAUAGGAGAGCUGAAGGCUCAGGGGGUGUAGGAGGUGUUUGUGUUGUGCACCCGCGGGGAGCUCCGUAAGUACCGUGUCCCGCAGCUCCUGGACUCCUACAGGCAGCUGGGGCUGGGUGUGCACCACCUCCCCUUCCCCGACGGGAGCGCUCCGGAGCCAGGACAAUGCUGCCAGAUCCUGGGGGAGCUGCAGGAGAGCCUGGAGAGCAACCGCAGGACCGUCAUCCACUGUUAUGGAGGUCUUGGUCGCUCUGGCUUAAUUGCUGCCUGUCUCCUGCUCAGCCUGUCCCACUCCCUCAGCCCAGAGAAGGCCAUCGAGCUCCUCCGAGAGCAGAGGGGACCCGGAGCCCUUCGGACAGUCAAGCAAUACAACUUCUUGCAUGAGUUCCGGGAGAAGUUCACAGAACACCAGGCAGCAGAGGAUUCAACAACAAGAUCUGUUUCAAGAUAAACAUUUAAAACAGAAAAGAACUGUGGUGGGACCCUGAGACACACAUUGAUGUCUCUGUGUGAGUGGGAGCGAGUCCGGGGAAAACGAUUCCCUAGAGUGGGCGAACUCAUUUGUCUUUGGCCUCGACUGAUAGCAUCUUUUCGUUUGUGGAUUUGUUGCAUGCUGUUCUUGUCACGUGAUGACAGUAAGGGUGGGAUUGCAGGAUGGGGUGCACUUGGCUGAAUGCUUCUAAUAAUUCAGAGCUCCUGUUUUGUUUUGCUCUUUUAUUAUUUUUCCAGGGAAUGGUGCGGCUCUGUCUGUCACAUCUAUUUAUAAUAUAGAAUUACAGUCCUUUUAGAUUUUUUUUUUCUGUAGUUUUUGUUGGAAGAAUAUAAAUGCUAU